ACUGAAAAUCUCUUCCUCUCAUUGACCAGAUUCCUGGAAGAGCAAAAGCUUAAAAAACAGGCUUCUGCAUGGGACGACACCACACAUAAAGUGAAAAGUAAUGGAGAUAUAGUAUGUGAUAAAGAAAAUGGAGAAAUGUUUGAAAAGGGCAUUGAGUUGUCUCGCACUGUAGAUCACGACAACGCAGGAGAGGAGAAAUCCAAAUCUGCCAAGAGUGGUGAUGGUAACAAGUUAUCCAUAAGCUCCACUAAAAGGGGUUCACGAAACAGACAUUUGACAUUUCAGUGCGAGGAUGAAGAAAUGGAGAUCUCUAAUAGGGUGAGGGAUAUGGAAAAUGAUCGCUGCAAAAGCAAAAGCAAAGUCACGCUGUCUGCUCGUGAAAUGUUUGAGAAGCGUAUCAGGAGAAUGCAGGACAUGGCAUGGGAUGAUGAGCUGGAAGCUCUCCUGCUUUGCCAUAAACAGGAAAGAGCAGCGAAUAUUCUAGCUGCUCUCUCUAAGAGAGACCAGUUCAGUGGCAUGUUUAAGGAUCCCUCACCUGAAAAGCUCUCUAAUGUUAACCGAAAGGAGAAAACCACGCUAAGUUCCUCUUCUAAACCCACACUGCUGCCCAGGAGGAGCUCUGAGAACCGUGAGCAAGAUAUGUUUGUGGUUAUGAACGAGGAAUCCCCACCAACAGCUUCAAUGAAAAGAAGUGAAUUCAGUGUGAGGAUGGAUUCUCUAAGUGAUGAUCUUGCAAGGACACCUGUUUUGACCAAUGAAAGAAGGAAUCUUCUGGAUUUUCUGCAUCUUGAUAAGAAGGAUUGGGAGUUUCAAUCUGUCCUUCAGCAUCUUCAGGCUCAGCAGUCACCCAAAAGUCCAUCUGAGCUGUUUGCCCAACACAUAGUUUCAAUUGUCCAUCACAUUAAAGCUCAAUAUUUUCCUUCCUCUGGAUUGACCCUAAAUGACCGAUUUGCCAUGUACCAGAGAAGAGCUGCUGAGAAAGAAGUCAUGAAGCAGAGAAAGAGUCCAGAGAUACACAGGAGAAUUGAUGUUUCUCCCAGUGCUUUUAAGAGGCACUCUCUUCUGUUUGAUGAGAUGAAAAGCUCCAUGGAAAACAGCUUCAAGGUUGAUGGUAAAAAAUCUAAAGGUGAUCCAAUGGACCUUCGGCUGGAUAUUGAGCGCAGAAAGAAAUACUUGAGUGGAGAGAGAGAGCACAGAGAUGAAGAGUACGGAGGAAGAGUAUCGAGGAAAUCUCCAGAUUCAAGCAAGGAAAUAUCCACUGAGAAAAUCUCAAAGAACCACAAAAAACCUAAGAAAAGCAAGAAGAAACGGGAGCAAUCUGAGACAUCUUCCUCAUCUUCCUCGUUUUCCACUGUUUACCAUGAAGAAGAGGCUGAGAUCAAGGCAAAAGGCUUCUCCAAAGUCCAACAGGGGCUUAGAGAGUAUGGAGAACCUGCAGAAAGAAGAUGGGCACGAGGAGGCUUUCAGCUUAGAAUACGUGGUAGAAGCUGGAACCGAGGAAAUUUCCAUGGAAGCAGUAAUGGUGAUUCACAGAUGAACAUGCCAGCAAAGAAUGAUGACUGGGAUCAAGAAUACACUCCCAAGAGCAAGAAAUGCUUCCUACAGAGUGAAAGAGAUGGUGAAGCUGAGAAGAAGAUGAUUGAAACACGAGGGCGUGGUCGCGGUAAUGCUAUUCGCCCAAAGGGACGUUUUAUCCUCCGGAGGGCCACAAAUACCAACACCACCAAAAAUGCGAGCCCUAAAUGGGCCCAUGAUAAAUUCCAGGCCACUGAUGAUGAUGAGGGCGAACAGCAAGGAGAAGAUGUAGAACAGGACCAGUGAGAACGGAGCAGUAAAGAUGUUCAAAUCCCUUAUCAUACUUUAAACCCUGGGAUAAGACUUGCUGGCCUUCACACUCUCAAGAAUGGAUAUAAUAUCAGCAUCCUUAUGCAUCUAAAACUUUUUGAUAGGAAAGGGGCUUUUUUAUUGUAGUUUUCAUUUUCUAUUUUCAUGAGGAUGCUUUUGUCAGCUUGGUGGUGAAUUUUUUCGUUUUGUUUGUUUUUUGUACAUGCAAAUUCACACACUUUCAUAGAAAAACACAUUAUGUAGUUUAAACAAUUCUUUUAGGGGAGCACAUUCAUCUAAUCAUGACAAACACUGUUAAAGCCACCAGCCUAAACUUCACAUUUAUUUUCUAUCUAUAAAUCUCUGGAGGAAUCUGCACUCCAUCUCAAAAUGUUCUGCCAUAUAUUUCAUUUUCGACUACCUCCAUUGCGAAUCCUGUCUACUUUUUUUGCACAAGACUAUUGAAACAUACAAAUUAAAUAUAUGGCAGAAAAUAAAGUUAAUAUCUAAGUUUUGUAGUGACGGACUGUUAAAUAAAAGGCAGGCCAAUUGAUCAGCUGAUAUUUGACCAUUUUUAGAUUAUUAUUACAAUGAUUAAUGGAAGUGUGUAUCUCCCCACUUUUUCAGUUUCAAAUUUUACUGAUUACUGAUUAUUUGUGUGUGAAUUUUGAAUGUGUAAAAUACAGUACAAUCCAAUAUAAUACGAUACAUAUAUCGCUUAUUGGCCACUCUGCUUUCUAGAUGUUGAUAUCAAGCAUAAAAAAUCAAUUUCAGUCGACCACUAGUUCAAAGGUUAGGUGUUUUCGAUGUACCAUAGUGCCUGAAGUGUAGAAUACCAGUAUAGAACUAUAUCUGGUUAUGUACUCAUUGUUGCUGUUGAAAAAGAUAAAAAAAAUUAAAAAAUAGAUGUACAUAUUAAUGUUUUGUGGAUUUGAUUGAAACUCUGUCUACCUAUAGAAACAAAGAUCAUGACUUAAUGACUUGUAUGAAUGAUCCAGUCUCGAUAUGGGACCAAACUACAGCAGGUAGACAUACAUGUCCCAGUGAAUGACAUGUGGGGAAAAAGAUUUACAUUCAUCCAACUGCUAGUCAAAGAUGUCAACUUUGAAACUGGACAAACAGCUUAUAGAGAAAGUUCAAAAUACAUGCACUUACAAAUGUUUUGAAGACUGCUAGCAAAUUUUUUAUUUACUGAGGUGCAAGUUUUUGACAAUAAAUGUGUGCAAUGUGCAUACUGUUUUAUUAUGGUUUUUCUAAUGUGUGCCUUGUCUUUAAAUUGUAUGCCUAUUUAUAUUGGC